AUCUAAACGUCCAGUGCCAGUUUCGACCACAGCGCCCAGAAUUGAUUCUCCCAGGGCUGUAAUUCCCCACCAGAAGGUCAUAACCAACACCACUGCCAACACGGACUUCACGGAGCGUUUCAACCCCAGUGUCCUGAAGGACUCUGCCCUGUCUACACACAAACCCAUUGAGGUGAAAGGCCUGGGCGGCAAGGCUACUAUCAUUCACGCCCAGUAUAACACCCCGAUCAGCAUGUAUUCCCAAGAUGCUAUCAUGGAUGCAAUUGCAGGCCAGGCACAAGCCCAGGGUGGAGAAUUUGCUAGUACCCUUCCUAUUAAAGAUCCUCACGUAGACAGUGCCUCUCCAGUGUAUCAGGCUGUGCUUAAAACUCAGAACAAGCCUGAAGAUGAAACCGAAGACUGGAGUCGCCGUUCUGCCAAUCUGCAGUCUCGAUCUUUCCGCAUCCUUGCCCAGAUGACUGGAACAGAGUACAUGCAAGAUCCAGAUGAAGAAGCCCUGAGGAGGUCAAGAGACAAGGAAAAUGUUGCUGCAGCAUCAGAAAACAGGCCUACAGCUACUACGCAUGCGCCACAGUAUGUGACCUCGAGUAUUUGGCAUCCUCCUAAAUCAUGCACCAUGGAUGCUAACACUGACAAUGCUAAACCAGUGGCCUCCAAGGGGUCUGUGAGGCUUGGAGCGGGUACAAGUCAGAGGGAGGCCAGUUUCACCACUGCUGGCCAGAAAGUCCCUCUUACUUCAUCCAGUAAUCAAAGUACCCCUGUUGAGCAUGCUCCGGUGUCUACCAGUUCUGCCUCUGCUCCUGCACCACAUGCUUCAGCACAUCAGCCUGCUGCUGCUGCUGCUCAAAAUACAGCCAGUCUGAUGACCCCUCCAGCAACCACCUCAGUAGUGCAAGAGUCUUUCUCAUCUUCCUUCCAAAGAGUGCUUGCAGCCCCCAGCUCUCUUUCACAGCCUAAGCCUUUCCACGGGUCCAAGAACAUGUCAUUAGCAGCUUCCACUAUUUCAUCUGCUAUCUCAUCUCAGUCUAGUUUCAACCGGCAUUCUUCCACCUCCAUCAGCUACCAGUCAAAGAAGAGAAACACAAGCCAGACAUACACACCAAUGCCAGUUUCUGGAGGUUACGGUGAAAGUCCUGCUGCUUCUGCCACUUCAAAACUGAGAGUUGUUACUACUGCCAGCAUAAAGCCCUCUGUCUACCAGCCAGCACCAGCACCAGUUCAUUCCUACACCCCUGCGAACACUGAGCCUGCAAGUCGUCCUCCCUGGGUAACAGAUGACUCCUUUUCCCAGAAAUUUGCACCCGGAAAAACCACCACCACUGUCACAAAGCACAUCCUACCAAGGGGUGCUCCAGUACCACCUCCUGUCUCAACUUCUGCUUACCCAUCUCCAGUUUCAACUUCUUCCCAGGCUCCUGCAAUAGCCCGGGGAACAGUGCAGAGGGCUGAGCGUUUUCCAGCCAGCAGCCGAACUCCUCUCUGUGGGCACUGUAACAGCAUAAUUCGGGGUCCUUUCCUGGUAGCCAUGGGUCGCUCUUGGCACCCAGAAGAAUUCAAUUGUGCUUACUGCAAGACAUCCUUGGCUGAUACGUGCUUUGUGGAAGAGAAGAAUAGUGUGUACUGUGAGCGCUGUUAUGAACAGUUCUUUGCACCAACCUGUGCCAGAUGCCACACUAAGAUCAUGGGGGAAGUGAUGCAUGCCCUAAGACAGACUUGGCACACAAGUUGCUUUGUCUGUGCUGCUUGUAAGAUGCCGUUUGGGAAUAGCCUCUUUCACAUGGAGGAUGGGGAACCUUAUUGUGAGAAAGAUUAUAUUGCUUUGUUCAGCACAAAAUGCCAUGGCUGUGAUUUUCCUGUUGAAGCUGGAGAUAAAUUCAUUGAAGCUCUUGGACAUACUUGGCAUGAUACCUGUUUCAUUUGCGCUGUAUGCCAUGUGAAUUUGGAAGGUCAGCCAUUCUACUCCAAGAAGGAUAAGCCACUGUGCAAGAAGCAUGCCCAUGCCAUCAAUAUUUAAAAGAAGAGUUGGUAGUCAGUAAUGCUGGGGAAAAACAGAUGACUAACUGGGUGAUUAUAAAGUUGAUAACCAUGGCUAGGAUUUCUCUUGGUAAAAGCUAGGAAGUUGAUACUUCUGAAGUUUAACUUUAACCUCUUUCAUAAAUGCAGAACAUGCUUUUGCAAAGUUCAUACAAAAACCUACUGAAUGAACAGUCAAAACCAAAUGAACUAGUCCAUUAUUAGAGCAACAGUUGGGGGAAAUAUUGAAAUUAACUAAAAACUGUAAUAUAAAAAGUAAUAGGUAAAUACAGUUUCAAAUUAACUACCCACCGCAGUUUUACUGCUUAGACCACACAGUAGUGUUUAAGGACAACUGGAAAAGUC